UGAUUGGUUAAACGUAGAAGUAACGUUUCAAAGUGCCUGGCUGUGCUCUUCAUCUUCCCAGUGGCUGAGAACGGAAACAUCACAAUGGAGAUCAUGUCCACUGUCCAUGUUUUUGUCAAAUCACUGCUGUUUGUGCUGCUUUGCUCCAUCUGUGAAGGAAGAGAGUCGGAGCUCAGCUACGUUACGUGCGGCUCACUGGUCAAACUGCUCAACACCAGACACAACGUCCGUCUGCAUUCACAUGAUGUCAAGUACGGCUCAGGUAGUGGACAGCAGUCUGUAACUGGAGUGGAGAACGCAGAUGACGCCAACAGUUAUUGGCAAAUUCGUGGGAAGCCAAACGGUCCGUGUCAGCGUGGGGCAGCCAUCAGGUGUGGUCAGACCAUCCGCAUCACACACAUGAAAACUGGUCGAAACCUCCACACACACCACUUCAGCUCACCGUUGUCUAAUAACCAGGAGGUCAGUGCUUUUGGAGAGAAUGGUGAGGGUGAUGACCUGGAUGUGUGGGCAGUGCAGUGUGAUGGCGUCCAUUGGGAACGUGACGAAGUUGUGCGCUUCAAACAUGUGGGCACGGACGUCUUUCUAAGUGUGACUGGCGAGCAGUAUGGUCACCCUAUUCGCGGUCAGCGUGAAGUGCACGGCAUGAGUUCUCCCAGCCAACACAAUUUGUGGCGUUCUAUGGAGGGUGUCUUCAUCCAGCCCAGCCAGGAGCCACUGCGCCAUGAUGAGCUCUGAUCAUCACUCGGAGACACAAAUCAUGGUGAUUCCUGCUUUGUAGCUCACCUGGUCCAAAAGAUGUAGAAUACUUGACUAAUGACUCCCCUGUGUACAUUUGAAGCACUCAGGCAUCUUUUUACGGUCUAUUUAUUCUGUCACUUUCCUUCUUAGAGAAUUUCAUAAGGGAGAAAAUAUUAGCAUGGGGCCUCCAGGGGUGCAGAAAGCCCCAGCUUCACUGUUGUAAUUUGAUUUGAUUUUGUCCAGGAAUAUAGACGCCAAAGAAGAAUAUUGAUUGACACACGAGGAGCCCUGUAUCAAAUAAAACCUUUGUUUCAGUUGAUACUGCCUGAAGAAAAUGUCAAACACACUGAGGAUCUGCUGCUCCACAAUCUGUUGGUCAAACAGAAUGUUGGAUGACGUCACCUUGGACUGGGAUACACACUUUUUACUCUUGCAUGACAUUUUAUAGACUGAACAAUUAAGACGAUAAUUAGAUUAAUCUCUGUGGGUGCAGUAGUUUGGUUGAUGACAUUGAUUGUUUGUUGUUCUCAUAGUUUUUCUAAUAAUAAUUGAGUAAUUAAAGAAUAAUUUUCUGGG